GCGACCCGAACCCGGAGCAGCGCUGUUCAAAAUGGAUGGAUGACGCUAAAUGCUUCUGAAAAACUUCUCUCCGCCAAGUUAAGCGACUACGGCCUGAUGGUCCCGUUCAGCACCGACUCCCACGGCCGCUUCGUGUCUCACGUGCUGUCGACGGACAACGAAGGAAGCGGCGGCAGGAGGAGGAGGACGACGACGACGAGGAGGAGCAGGAGGGCGGCGCGCCGGGCCCCCGACGCGCCCUCGGCGGGCUCCGGCUCGGCGUCCGAGUUCUUGUUCUUCAAUGUGACCGUCUUCGGCAAAGAGCUGCACCUGAGGCUGAGGGCCAACCGGAGGCUGGUGGCCCCCGGGGCCUCGCUGGAGUGGCAGGAGGACUUCGAGGUCCAGGCCGAGGAGCGGGUCCGCGGCAACUGCGUGUUCACCGGCGACGUCAGCGACGCGCCGCGCGCCGCCGUGGCCGUCAGCAACUGCGACGGACUGGCGGGCCUCAUCCGCACCGACGCCGGCGAGUUCUUCAUCGAGCCCCUCGAGAAGGGCCGGCGGGACGCGGAGGCCGAGGGCCGCGUGCACGUGGUCUACCGCCGCUCGGCGCUCAAGCGCCGAGGUGGGGGGCCCCGCAAUCAAGUGUCCGACUUCGGCAUCGCGGACCUCCCGGCCGCCGCGGACCUGCUGAAGCGCAAGAUUCCCGAACCGGAACGCCAGCGGCGGCACGCCGAGGACGACGACGACUACAACAUCGAGGUCCUCCUCGCCGUGGACGACUCGGUGGUGCGAUUCCACGGCAAAGAGCACGUCCAGAACUACGUGCUGACCCUCAUGAACAUUGUUGACGAAAUCUACCACGAUGAAUCGUUGGGGGCCGACAUCAACAUCGUCCUGGUGCGCAUGAUCAUGGUCGGCUAUCGACAGUCCGUCGGCCUGAUCGAGCGCGGCAACCCGUCGCGCAGCCUGGAGCAGGUUUGCCGGUGGGCCAACACGCAGCAGCGCGCCGACCCCGAUCACGCCGAGUACCACGACCACGCCAUCUUCCUCACAAGGCAAGAUUUUGGUCCCGCAGGUAUGCAAGGUUACGCUCCGGUGACGGGCAUGUGCCACCCGCUGAGGAGCUGCACCCUCAACCACGAGGACGGCUUCUCGUCGGCCUUCGUGGUCGCCCACGAGACGGGCCACGUGCUGGGCAUGGAGCACGACGGGCAGGGCAACCGCUGCGCCGACGAGACGGGCAUGGGCAGCAUCAUGGCGCCGCUGGUGCAGGCCGCCUUCCAUCGCUACCACUGGUCCCGCUGCAGCAAGCAGGAGCUGGCCCGCUACAUCCACUCGUACGACUGCUUGCUGGACGAUCCCUUCCGGCACAAGUGGCCCAAACUGCCCGAGCUCCCCGGGAUCAAUUAUUCCAUGGACCAACAGUGCCGCUUUGACUUCGGCGCGGGUUACAAGAUGUGCACGGCCUUUCGCACCUACGACCCCUGCAAGCAGCUGUGGUGCAGCCACCCCGACAACCAGUACUUCUGCAAAACCAAGAAAGGCCCACCGGUGGACGGAACGGAAUGCGGGCCGGGGAAGUGGUGUUUCAAAGGCCACUGCAUCUGGAGGUCCAGCCAGGAGAUUUCGGGCCACGACGGCAACUGGAGCUCCUGGUCCAAGUUCGGCUCGUGUUCGCGGACGUGCGGGGGAGGCGUCCGAUCCCGCAGCCGGCAGUGCGACGACCCCCCGCCGGCCUACGGCGGUCGCGAGUGCCCCGGGUCGUCCUUGGACUACCAGAUGUGCAACACGGAGGAGUGCGCCGGCCCCUACGAGGACUUUCGCGCUCAGCAGUGCCUGCAGAGGAGCAACAAGUACCACAACAACGUCAAGCACACGUGGCUGCCUCACGAGCACCCGGACGAGAGUCGCAAGUGCGAGCUGAGCUGCCGGUCCAAGGAGACGGGCGAGGUGGUCUUCAUGAACCAGGUGAUGCACGACGGGACCCGCUGCAGCUACGCCGACCACUUCAGCGUCUGCGCGAGAGGAGAGUGCCUGCACGUCGGCUGCGACAAGGAGGUCGGCUCGUACAAGGAGGAGGACAAAUGCGGCGUGUGCGAGGGCGACAACUCGCACUGUCGCACCGUCAAGCUGACGCUGACCAAGACGCCCAAAAAGAACGGGAUGCUGAAAAUGUUCGAUAUCCCCACGGGCGCCCGGCACAUCGUCAUCGAGGAGAACGACACCUCCCCUCAUCUCGUCGCGGUGAAAAAUCAAGUGAGCGGCAACUUCAUCCUGGAGGCCAAAGGCGCCGAACCCGAGUCCAAAAGCUUCAUCGAGAACGGUUUACAGUGGGACUACACCCUCCGGGACGGGAAAGAGAUCCUGCGGACGUCCGGUCCGCUCCACGAGGGCGUCUCGGUGCUGGUCGUCCCCCGGGGAGGAGAAGAAGAAGAAGAAGAAGCCGAGAUCAGCUUGACGUACAAGUACAUCAUCCACGAGGACCUCCUGCCGCUCGUCGCCAACAACAACGUCCUUCUGGCCGACUUGGACUCGUACGAGUGGGCGCUGAAGAGCUGGUCGCAGUGCUCCAAGGCCUGCGGUGGAGGCGUGCAGUACACCAAAUACGGAUGCAGGAGGAAGAGCGACGGCCGCUUGGUGCAUCGCGACUUCUGCGACGUGAACAAGAAGCCCAAACCCGUCCGCAAACGCUGCAACGUCCAAGAGUGCAGCCGGCCCACGUGGGUGGCGGGCGAGUGGAGCGCCUGCAGUAAGACGUGCGGGAAGCAGGGCUACCAGACGAGGGCGCUGCAGUGCGUGCAGGCGCUGCACAACGGCACCGGGCGGCCCGUCCACAGCAAACACUGCGCCGAGGACCGGCCGGAACCCAAGAGGGCCUGCAACCGCGCGGCCUGCCCCGCCCAGUGGAGGACGGGGGCGUGGUCCCAGUGCUCUGUGACCUGCGGCGACGGCAUCCAGCAACGGCAAGCGGUGUGCAAGACCAGCGACAACUCGGCGGGACACUGCGAGGGCGACGGACCCGAGACGCUGCGCGUCUGCAAGAUGGCCGCUCCUUGUUCAGUUGUAGGACUGCCGGCGCCCCCUUUUGGCACGGAGACCGUGACCGUCAAAGACGAAGCCUCCCCCCAAAGGGGGCCGGGCCAGCCCGUUCUUCAAAUCAUCUCAAAUGAGGCGUGCCAGGGGGACAAAUCAAUUUUUUGCCAAAUGGAGGUUCUCGCCCGCUAUUGCUCCAUCCCCGGAUACAAUAAACUUUGUUGCGAGUCGUGCGGCAAGAACCCGGCCACGCCCUCUCCUCACCUCUCAAAAGCCACCAAAGCCUCAGCGGAACCCGAGACCGCCGCCGCCGCCGCCGCCCGUUUCUCCACUCGUCCCUCCGUUGCCCAGAAUCCAACACACACCACCGAAGGAGUAAACGGGCGGUCGCGUUCAACGACCCGGCCGCCCGCCGCCGUCGCCCCGGUGCCUGUUCUACCUCCGGGUGACCCCUCCCCUAAGGAGAGAAGGCCCGACAGCACUUUAGGCCCACUCGCUGCAAAUUCAGAAAGGGACCAUUUAGGAUCCGAGAGGGACUCCGGCCACAGAUGAACAACGGCGCCGUGCGGUGGCCUGGCGGUGGCGCUACAUCAUCUCAAAACAACUCAGCGUUGGGAAUUAUUAUUAUUAUUAUUUUUUUUUUUUUCCCCCCCUCUCUCCGGGCAAGACGGUUACCUCAUCCAACCUCCGAAGAGCGACGGACCCACGUCGGGGUCGCUCUGUCCUCGGUGCCGUCAAAACGCGACGACCGCGUUGCUCCCGCCGGCGUUUGAACCCCCGAAGUGCAGCAGAACUACUAGCAAACUCGUGCGAGAUCGGCAGCGGAGUCCAGCGUGCGCCGCUUAUGGGAUUGCGGACUCGGCAAAAACUGCCGCUUUCUUCUUUGCCCGUUCGGAGCUCGCCGAGGUCGAGUCCUCGACUUUCCGCGCUAGGUCGCUCGAAAGCCGACUCGACUUGGACCUUCCACGUCAGGCUUCGAAAGUGCCAGCUAGCACUGGAACCAGGCUACUAGCUAGAGUGUGAAUUCCACCCCCGACUGCGUCGACCUCGACUUUCCACGUGAGCGACGCUUGAGCGCCGGUUCCGUUUGGACUUUUUAAUGCGGAAUUUGGCGUAGCCGACCCGGAUGGCGGGAGAGCGGAGUCCGUAAUUCGCACGUCGCGGCUUCGUUGUCGUCGGCGCCCGCUUAUGCAUUAAAACGUAUUGAGGUGGGGCGACAUUUAAAUAGUACUUUUUUUUUUUUUUUUACGUGAUAGCUUUGUAUGCUAAUAAUGUAUAUAAUGUAAAUUACCAGUUAGGUUAAAAAAAACCAUUAUUACCAAAACUAAGUAACUGAAGAGUGCGCGUUGCGCCGUUGCCCCACGUCGACGACGGCGUUUUCCACUUUUAUUGUAUAGUUCUUGUAUAUACAUUGGUGAAUGGAAAGCUUUAAAUGUUAAUAUUUAUUGAAUUUUUAAGUGGUAACAGAGAACAGUAAAAACCUGUCACAAAGAAAUUCAAUGUUUUUUUUUUAGUAUGGAAAGUAUACAAAACGUGGAUACCGUAUGUGCUUUUCACACUGAAAGUUCAUUCAUAUUCAUUAUUUUCCGGAAUGCUCGUCCUCACCUGCGUCGGAUUUACAUUUUUAUUGUUUUAAAAUUUGGGGGUUAGA